AUGGAUUGGCUGCAGAAAGAGUCGGGGGAGUUGAUAGGGAUUCGGCAUUUGCUGGGUGGCGUUCGAGAUGAGGGUUUGGGGGUACAUGAAAGCAGGCAGGGGGAAACGAUACAAAUAUCGGGCAAUGUCAUCGUAGUGAUUGAUCGUUCCAUUGCAUUUGAACUGCAUGGCGAGGCGUUACGAGCACAUUACUCCAAGCAUCGUCAAGUGUCUGUCAUUGCGUUUCCGUAUAUCGAAGGUCCACUUUCUCAUCGCUCCCUCUUCCAUGUCUUUGAAACGUUGACAGGCCAGUAUGACGAGGCGCUAUGCUGGACGACUGCAUCAAUACAUGCUGGGCUAUUGACCACAAUCACCUUUACAUUCAGAGUGAUGGUGAUGCAAGCCUUCCAUUCUGAAUAUGCAAUAGAGAAGCAAUGGCAUGUUCAAGUGACUGUGAUGAAUUACAAGACGAAGCAGUCAGGAGAAUUAUUAAUUGAUAAAGACGGUCACCUGAAGGAAAACCGUCGAGAAAUGAGCAAGUAUGGUGAUGGUCUUGAACCCUCCGCUUGGUUGCUUGAGGACCCUGAGGAAGGCAGGGUUGAAGCAAAGAGUCCAGGGGAGCUAGGGGCAGAUGAAAUGGGAGAUAAACCAGUCACAGAUGUUGACAUCGUGGCGUCGGUGUUACCAAAAAUGUGGUUGAAAUCAGUGGCUGACGAGGAAGAUGGGAACCUUGGAGGCACAUCUCCAGACAGAUCCAGGGAGCCAUCGUCGAUGGGGCUACUUCUGCCAGCAUCUAAAGGGAGUGGGACUUCUCCCUUUGAAGAUGACGGUAGAGGAUUGGGGAAAGCGCUGGGGGGGCGGCAACUUCUUUUCCCUUGA